AUGCAAGCACUUAUUAAGGCUAAAACGCAAGGAAGCACUAAAUGGGGUAUAGGAAGAACAUUGUUAAAGAACAGAAAUGAUAAGAUCCCAAAUUCAGUCGCCUCUUACGAUCACGCAAAUAGUGCAGCAGUAAUCGCUUGUAUUAUUGCGUCCUACCAGCAGGACAGACGUAGUAGUCGGUACCAGCAGGACAGACGUAGUAGGCGGUACCAGCAGGACAGACGUAGUAGGCGGUACCAGCAGGACAGACGUAGUAGGCGGUACCAGCAGGACAGACGUAGUAGGCGGUACCAGCAGGACAGACGUAGUAGGCGGUACCAGCAGGACAGACGUAGUAGGCGGUACCAGCAGGACAGACGUAGUAGGCGGUACCAGCAGGACAGACGCAGUAGGCGGUACCAGCAGGACAGACGUAGUAGGCGGCAUUGUCGUUAA